AUGUACAGACAGUUUGUUCUGUCAAUCCUGCUUGCAGGCGUCCUGUGCCUGGUGGGCGGCGACACCCGCAAGACCCGCCUCCAAGGCUCCAUCCCCAACCCUUUCAAAGGGAACGGCAACACCUCUGACAAACGCACCAGUAAACAGGAAAUACUUGCCUCCAGCCAGGAAGCGCUGGUCGUCACAGAGAGGAAGUACCUGAAGAGUGACUGGUGCAAGACCCAGCCGCUGCGUCAGACGGUGAGCGAGGAGGGCUGUCUCAGUCGUACCGUCAUCAACAGGUUCUGCUACGGACAGUGUAACUCCUUCUAUAUCCCACGACACGUUAAGACGGAGCAGGAGUCUUUCCGGUCCUGUGCUUUCUGCCGGCCGCAGCGUUUCACCACGCUGACCGUAGAGCUGGACUGUCCCGACCUCCAGCCGCCCUUCAGGCACCGCAAGAUCCAGAGAGUCAAACAGUGUCGUUGUAUAUCGGUCUCCGUCGGUGACCCUGGGAAGCGGUGAUACUCGUCUCUCUCUCUCUUUUAUCAUCUUGGACAAUCCCUAGAUACCUGUCCAGAUAUUCCGCUCACCUCACAGGAGACAGUUUGUACAAGACUCGAGUACAUGGAGGGUCAGGACAUGCAUUUUUUACUGGCGGCACAUAGAAUGAAUACAUAAAAGCUGAAGGGGCCCAACUCUCUUUAGAAGUACUGAGCAUGACGGACGUUUCUAUGGAGCAGCUCUGUGUUGAUCAUACCAAGCACUCUAUAUGAGACAAACGGACAUUUCUACAACCCAGACCGAUUUAAAACCCCAUGACUAUAUACACGCUGUAGUUCAAAGAUGGUGGAUAAAUGAAGAUGUCUUACUCAGGCGGGUUUACCGUUUAAAACAAAAAAAAUGGUCACAAUUCCAGACUGCUUAAGGAAGUGCCUUUCCAAUAGACAACAAUGUGAUAGCAGUUGGGUCUGGUCUACUUAGUUCAUUGACUGUAUAUGAACCCGGGGGAAAAAAGCAGAGUGAGACAUCUCACUUCCUCUACCGUCUCUGCAGAAACAGACGUACCUGGACCACAGGUCUCCUCAGCCUGUCGGAGAGGGGGGUCGUAUUCAAAUGGGAGAAAACUGACAAACAAAAAGCAGAGUGAGACAUCUCACUUCCUCUACCGUCUCUGCAGAAACAGACCUACCUGGACCACAGGUCUCCUCAGCCUGUCGGAGAGGGGUGGUCGUAUUCAAAUGGGAGAAAACUGACUGAAACAAAAAGCAGAGUGAGACAUCUCACUUCCUCUACCGUCUCUGCAGAAACAGACCUACCUGGACCACAGGUCUCCUCAGCCUGUCGGAGAGGGGGGUCGUAUUCAAAUGGAAGAAAACUGACUGAAACAAAAACGACUUGUCCAAUACAAAAUGCUAAUUUUCAACUACAAAAUGUGUUUCUAAUGUGUUUCUAAUGUGUGCCCUAAUGGAUAUGACCAUAUUCCACAGAGGGACUCUGGUAGAGAGGUUGUCGGAGAGACUGACUGGGUUAGUAGUAGACCUACUGCAGCAACAGCCGACCUGGGGUUUCAGAGAGGGUAGGAGGGUGUUGAAUAGAGACUGACUGGGUUAGUAGAAGGUCCUACUGCAGUAACAGCCGACCUGGGGUUUCAGAGGGUAGGAGGGUGUUGAAUAGAGACUGACUGGGUUAGUAGAAGGUCCUACUGCAGUAACAGCUGACCUGGGGUUUCAGAGGGUAGGAGGGUGUUGAAUAGAGACUGACUGGGUUAGUAGAAGGUCCUACUGCAGUAACAGCUGACCUGGGGUUUCAGAGGGUAGGAGGGUGUUGAAUAGAGACUGACUGGGUUAGUAGAAGGUCCUACUGCAGUAACAGCUGACCUGGGGUUUCAGAGGGUAGGAGGGUGUUGAAUAGAGACUGACUGGGUUAGUAGAAGGUCCUACUGCAGUAACAGCUGACCUGGGGUUUCAGAGGGUAGGAGGGUGUUGAAUAGAGACUGACUGGGUUAGUAGAAGGUCCUACUGCAGUAACAGCUGACCUGGGGUUUCAGAGGGUAGGAGGGUGUUGAAUAGAGACUGACUGGGUUAGUAGAAGGUCCUACUGCAGCAACAGCCGACCUGGGGUUUCAGAGGGUAGGAGGGUGUUGAAUAGAGACUGACUGGGUUAGUAGAAGGUCCUACUGCAGUAACAGCUGACCUGGGGUUUCAGAGGGUAGGAGGGUGUUGAAUAGAGACUGACUGGGUUAGUAGAAGGUCCUACUGCAGUAACAGCUGACCUGGGGUUUCAGAGGGUAGGAGGGUGUUGAAUAGAGACUGACUGGGUUAGUAGAAGGUCCUACUGCAGUAACAGCUGACCUGGGGUUUCAGAGGGUAGGAGGGUGUUGAAUAGAGACUGACUGGGUUAGUAGAAGGUCCUACUGCAGUAACAGCUGACCUGGGGUUUCAGAGGGUAGGAGGGUGUUGAAUAGAGACUGACUGGGUUAGUAGAAGGUCCUACUGCAGUAACAGCUGACCUGGGGUUUCAGAGGGUAGGAGGGUGUUGAAUAGAGACUGACUGGGUUAGUAGAAGGUCCUACUGCAGUAACAGCUGACCUGGGGUUUCAGAGGGUAGGAGGGUGUUGAAUAGAGACUGACUGGGUUAGUAGAAGGUCCUACUGCAGUAACAGCUGACCUGGGGUUUCAGAGGGUAGGAGGGUGUUGAAUAGAGACUGACUGGGUUAGUAGAAGGUCCUACUGCAGUAACAGCUGACCUGGGGUUUCAGAGGGUAGGAGGGUGUUGAAUAGAGACUGACUGGGUUAGUAGAAGGUCCUACUGCAGUAACAGCUGACCUGGGGUUUCAGAGGGUAGGAGGGUGUUGAAUAGAGACUGACUGGGUUAGUAGAAGGUCCUACUGCAGUAACAGCUGACCUGGGGUUUCAGAGGGUAGGAGGGUGUUGAAUAGAGACUGACUGGGUUAGUAGAAGGUCCUACUGCAGUAACAGCUGACCUGGGGUUUCAGAGGGUAGGAGGGUGUUGAAUAGAGACUGACUGGGUUAGUAGAAGGUCCUACUGCAGUAACAGCUGACCUGGGGUUUCAGAGGGUAGGAGGGUGUUGAAUAGAGACUGACUGGGUUAGUAGAAGGUCCUACUGCAGUAACAGCUGACCUGGGGUUUCAGAGGGUAGGAGGGUGUUGAAUAGAGACUGACUGGGUUAGUAGAAGGUCCUACUGCAGUAACAGCUGACCUGGGGUUUCAGAGGGUAGGAGGGUGUUGAAUAGAGACUGACUGGGUUAGUAGAAGGUCCUACUGCAGUAACAGCUGACCUGGGGUUUCAGAGGGUAGGAGGGUGUUGAAUAGAGACUGACUGGGUUAGUAGAAGGUCCUACUGCAGUAACAGCUGACCUGGGGUUUCAGAGGGUAGGAGGGUGUUGAAUAGAGACUGACUGGGUUAGUAGAAGGUCCUACUGCAGUAACAGCCUACCGGGGGUUUCACAGGCAAUAUAUCGUUCUGUACAAAUAAAUAUCACAUUAUUAUUAGAUUUAGAGAGAUUAUAUCAAUACAAUGUUACAUUACAAUGGCAUUUAUAUUUACAAAAAUGAAUAAAUGAUGUAUUAAAUCUGUACCGAAGAUGAAACAA